CUUGUGUACUAGAGGGUGUACCAAAACAGCGACAAGUCGUUUCCAAGAAGCCUUGGCUAGACUGGGCUGCCUACGUGAACUUGUCUCUAUAGGGAAUGUUGUCGAUAACUCAAGGAUUCGCUGAUAAUAAAAAAAACAUCCACGGCGUGCGUUUUCUAUAAGGGUCCUUCUGGAGAUUUAAAAAUCCAAACCCCUCACUGCAAAGACAGUCGUCAUAUUCUUCAGACUAAAACAGCAAGGCAACAUGAAGUAAGUGCCUUAACUAACUGAACAGUCACAGACACGAUAGGAACUCCCUGCGAAUGUUUGAUGACCCGAAUAAAAAGACAAAUCGGACCGGAGAGUUGGGAUUGUUGAAUGAGAGACGUGCUCUUCGUUUUUGUUUUCUAAAACGGAUUUCAAAAUCUCAGCAAGUCAGAGCAAUGCGCACCCCGCUGGCGGGCAGCCUGUGUCUCCUCUACUGCGUCCUCCUCUGGACCAUCCAGGUCUCCACCAAGACUUUGGGAAAACCGGCUAAAUCUGGAUUGGAUCUGGCUCAGGACCCCCUACUUUUCCUUCGUUCGAAGCCGUCAUCUUCUGGCCUGGGCAUCCGCCCCUACACCUUAUCUCUAGCGCAGGAGGACUACCACUACGCACCCAAACCCAAACACAUGAAGCCGGUGCGCUUGCUGCGUGUCCUCGGUGCCUCCUUCGAUCCCUUCUGGAUGUCCGUAGAAAAGCCUUCGCAGGUGGACGCCGCCGAGAACGGGACCGCAGGACAUAUCACAACAAAUCCAGAGCUGGCCGAAAGUGCGGCCCGCUACCAGCGCAAGCUAGAAAGCGAAGUGCAGCAUCUGCGGAUGGACUGGCUCAGUGCCGCCGACUCGGAGCGCUUCCGCGCCUGGCUCGUUCACAUGGCCACCUGCCGACUCACCUCCCGCUGGGUGGACCUGGGUCCGGUUUUCUGGCCGCGCUGGAUUCGUCACACGGACUGCGAGGAUGACGGCUCGGGGCACAGUUGUUCUUUCCCGGCCGGGAUGGCGUGCAAGCGGGCACAGGUGACGCAGAUCAAGAUCCUGGCGUGGCACUGUUGGUUCGGCUCCGACGGAGUAGCGGCUGAGCAGCAGUGCACAUGGCGUCAAGUGCCGUACCCUGUGGUGACCGCCUGCAAGUGCUCCUGCAAGUAGAGUCCACUCGGUCGAUUGGGAAUAGCCCUGGAAAACGGAAUACACGCCCAAACUUCGG